UCGUUUGUGUGAUCAUAGUAGGAUAAUACCUCCAGGGUGUGUUCGUACCGUAGGCCUACGCACCCGGCCCUGAUUGUUAUCCAUUUAAAAUGCCAUUGACAAAGGAGUCCAUCGUAUUUCGCAAAUAUUUACAGACUCAAAAAUUGUUACGUUUCGCGUGUUGUGUUCCGUGAUGCGUGACUCAACCGAACAACGUAUCAGUAGGGUAACGGAUGCCGCCGAGCGAGUGGCUUCACUACAGAUGGAUAUAGGGUUUGUGUUGGUGGUUAUAUUACGGCUGGCAAUAAUAUCGGCCUUUAGCAAUGAGGCCUAGAAUAAACCACAAACCAUUUGUAACUCUAUAAUAGGCCUAGUUAUAUUUCCAGGAAAAAAUAUUAGGAGCAACGGACGGAUCUUCACUUGGUUGGAAUUUCAUCAUUAUUAUUUCUGUUUUUAAUAAAGGAAAUACAAUUAUUGUUUGCAGUGGCGCAUAAUUCGCUACAUUUAUGUUGCUUAACGUCGCCUUGCGCUCCUUUACACUUUGUCCGUCCAACGAACCCGGAACUUCCUAUGCAAAUUAAGGUCAUUCAUACAGUGACACAACUGUGACCUAAAACCGGAUACGAGUAAGCUGUUGUGGAUUACUAAAAAUGAUCGUUUAUAUCAUAGCAACCGUAGUCUUAAAUCCAGGUGUCGUUUUGAUAGUCUUAGACUAGUCGUUGUGUAGUGAACCCGGAUUUGUGGCGGUGGGUUUAUUGUAAACAAUCAAGGGGAAGAGACCCGUGUGAAUUGAUGGUUUUAAAGAUGAAUACAAGUAUCGACUUCCCAGUUCCGGACACGCUUCCAGUCGAACACGUAUCAAAAGACGCUCUUCAUAAAACUCUUAAAUUGUUUGAACAUAAGAAAUUAGGAAGGAUAAUUCUUGAGCCUGAUCAACCGAGGACACAGAACAUGAAAGCACCAAUAUUGUACGGGAAUGGAACUGCAGCAUUCGCUAGUGUUCAUAGUCCAGCUAAAUCCACAAUAAAAAGUCGGGACGAUGCAGAUAAAGGAGUUAGAUUAAUUGAGGACACAAGAAGACGAAAAGUGGUACAGAAAUGGCUUGCUCUCAGAAGGUGCACGUCGCAGAUUGACACACCCCGUGACCUCAUAAAUAGUCACGUUUACAAUAGCAGAGAAGUUUCUAAUGCAACCUCCAUGCAUUUACCCAACGAUCCACGAAAAUGGACGCCUCAGGACGUGGCAGCCUGGUUGCACUACAUGGCCAACUCAUAUUCUUUAAAUAUUGACUACAGCUAUUUCAGGAUGAAUGGAAGAGCAUUAUGUCUAAUGAAUUUAGAAGGUUUUCAGCGUCGUGUUUUUAAUGGCAAAAUUCUUUUUGCGGACUUCAGGGAACGACUUAGGAGGACAAUGUUGCCGAGACAAAGUGCGCCCUCCCCUCCUGUUCCAAGACGGCAAUACUCUGUUAUCGUUCGGAAUGAUCACUGUAAAAAAGGACUUGGUGAGAAAUUAGAGAUGAACGAACGAAGGACAAAGGAUCCAGAUGAUACAUUUGUUGUAAAUACAAGAAGGGACAUCAAAACUGAAGUUAAACACAGCGCAAACAUUACCGAAAAACAUGCGAAUAUUCCUCAAACAGUGUUUCAUAUGAUAGAUUGAUGAUUGAUUGAUUGAUUGAUUAGUAUAAUUAAUUUUAGUUCAUGCAUAGUAAACUUUGGUAACAAGAUAGGGGACAAGUUCGAUGAAUUUGAAGGUUAUAAUUAUGACAGAAAAUUGACUGUUGCAAUGACCUCACCCUUCUUCGCACUUUGGUGGUUAGAGCAAACGAACACCAUAUUUUUUAUACACGCAAUAUCAUAACCAUACACUAUCAAUAAUUUCUGUAUGAAACAUUGAGGCUAAAGAUUCAAGGAUGUUCUUUUCAAAAUAAAGAAAAUCUGAAUUGAUUUCACAGAAUAAUGAAUCGCGACCUUUACUCGAUAUUGAAUUGACACAAAUCGGAAGUACAAUUUGAGUUUAAACAGCUCCGGCAGUACGGUGCAAUUAUUAGCCUUUUUAUGGCAAUUCCGGUAGUUCGGUGGAUGAGAGAAAAAAAAAACAUAAACCAAGGUGAAUGGAGACAAGCAACAACUGUUCAGAGAAGAUACGACGUUCGUUCGUCGGAAACUGUCGAUGAAAUUAUUGCACGAACAAGUUAACAUUUAAAGAAAUAUAUCAAACAAUGAAUUCUUCUAAAAAGAAUUGGAACUUUGCCAACAGAACAUCUGGAAGCUGACCUUUUAUUUUACGACUAAUUAACCAAGUAAUUAACUACCUAUCAAAAAUGUCCUAUAAAAGUUCAUGAUAAAAUCAGGACAGUAUUUAUUAUGUUUGUUUAAUAGUAUAUUAUUUGUGAAUGAUUUAAUUUUUUUUUUUUUUUUUUUUACGUUCUGUUAUUACUGCCGUCAUAAUAUUAUGUAAAUUGUUGCUCAGGAUUUCAUUUAUUUUGUACAUAGUGCAAUUACGCGUCAUUGUAGUUUAUCAGGGAGCUUUUGAUUGGACGACCAGGAAGGACCUACAACGUAAUGACGUUAUAUCUGCAUCAUCUGUGCAUGCGAGAACGUUGUGUUGUUGUCUGAAUUGACGCAAUCUGUUGCGGCCGGCUAGAAUCUACGCUGUGUAGAGAACGCAGCAGUCACGACGGAUGAGUGAAUUCUUCUUAGGGCCGGUUGAAGCUUGGUUUCCAUAGAACCGCUCACCCUAUCGGCGAUAGUCGCCGACACUAGUCGGGAAGGUUGAACCUGGUUCAACUUCGCCGACUGCGUUGUAGACUAUUCAGGGUGCAUUGCUAUAGCUGCCCUGACGUAAUCGGAAGGCACACCGAUUCGUCUGCAACGCAAUCGACAAAGUUGGAAACCGAGCUUAAUCUUGGUUUCCAUACAAUCGCUACACGGUAUCGCCGACAGCUUUUGGUGAUGCUGAUUGGUCGGUCGUAUCGGAGAGCCUUCCCGAUUGCUUCGGGGACGGCUACGCAGUAAGGAUUGCACUGAAAACACUGUAGCGACAGUGUAGUGAUUUUAUGGAAACCUGGCUUUACGUCAUCGCGCCAAUCGGAAGCUCCUUAUUUUGUAGUUUGCUGGAAAACUAUUUUCAUCCCAAUGUGCGGGAAUAAAUGUAUUCAAAUAUUUUUACUAAAGCAGUCAUUUCUCUGCGUUUAUUAUGUGUGCAAUUUACAAUUUAUACACACACACUGUAUAUUUAUAAUAUACAGAGCAGUAAAGUAUUAUUCUGUUUUGGCUGUAGGCCUACAAUACGACUCUGUCUGCUGUCAGAGAGAUACUGAUUUUGUCUACAAUAGAGACAAUACCCCUGUAACGGAUUUGAUGCUGGUUCGUUCCUGAACUUUAAAACCACUGAAUAUUCAGUACAGUACUUGAAAUAGGCAUACAGUAGUAUCAUGUGCCUAUAUAUGUAUAUGUAUGUAUAACCCAUCAUUAAUAGGCCUAUUAAUAUUGUAUGUAUAAUAAAGUUGCAUUUUAAGGAAACGGUAUGAUCGUAUGUAUUCCAUCAUAAACAAUCGCACAAACUGUUACUUUCAAAUUGUGAUUCCGUUUUUGAAAUGUGUAUGUUGUAUUUAUAAAUGGCACAGAGACUUAAACAGAACGGGCAUGAAAUUAAUAAUGACAUUUAUUAGUGAGUGAGCAACUUAAGAUUCACAUCUGUGUGAACAAAACUUGUAAUUUUUUAAUUAACCAAGUGUAACACAAUGCGCAAAGCGUUACACAAUGCGCAAAGUUUACGCGCGCGUUAACGUCUCUCCUUAUGUCGUGAUAGGCUUUAUAGACCAUUCGUCAUAUUACCUCAGUGGAACAUUUUGUAUCAUUGUUAUUAAUUUUCAAAAAGGUAUCUAUUGUAGUAGUUUUAUUCCCACGUAUGUAUGUCGAAGGCGAGGUUAUAAAUAAAUAAUCUGAUCGAUAAAAAGUAUGCGCGAUUAAAACUACGAGAUGGCUCAUUGAAAUUGUAUUUUAAGCGAAAAUUGUAAUAUAAUGUAAAUAAUUACCUGUUUGUGCAAAGUUAAAUAAAAUACCCUCACCGCAAAUAAA